AGACUGCGGCAAUUACCACGGAGAAAAGAGUAACGAGAGAGAAUGUGAUGUGAUGAGACUACCGAUUCCGAUCUAGAACAUGGCGUCGCUGCCUCUGGGACCUCACCAACCCCCGCCGGCGCCGCCCCACGAUAUCGCUCCGGCCCUCUCGCUCGCUCCGCCUCACCGCCCGGAAAUGGCCGACGACAACAAGCAAUCAUCUGUUGUUGAGGUUAGUGAGCCAGUUACUGGCCAUAUCAUCUCCACGACAAUUGGAGGCAAGAAUGGGGAACAAAAGCAGACCAUUAGUUACAUGGCAGAGCGUGUUGUGGGAAGUGGUUCCUUUGGAAUUGUAUUCCAGGCUAAAUGCUUGGAAUCAGGAGAAACAGUCGCCAUAAAGAAGGUUUUACAGGACAAGAGAUACAAAAACCGUGAGCUGCAAUUGAUGCGCUCCAUGGAUCAUCCAAAUGUGAUCUCUCUCAAGCACUGUUUCUUCUCUACGACAGUCAGAGAUGAGCUUUUCCUUAACCUAGUUAUGGAAUAUGUACCUGAAUCUCUGUACGGUGUCCUAAGGCAUUACAGCAGUGUCAACCACAGGAUGCCACUUAUAUAUGUUAAAUUGUACACAUAUCAGAUAUUUAGAGGGUUGGCUUAUCUCCAUACGGUUCCUGGAAUUUGCCACAGAGAUGUAAAGCCACAAAAUGUUCUGGUUGACCCACUUACUCAUCAAAUCAAGAUAUGUGAUUUUGGAAGUGCAAAAGUCCUGGUUAAGGGUGAAGCAAAUAUUUCUUACAUUUGUUCUCGUUACUACCGUGCUCCGGAGCUCAUUUUUUGUGCAACAGAAUAUACGACAUCGAUUGAUGUUUGGUCAGCUGGUUGUGUUCUUGCUGAGUUACUACUUGGCCAGCCAUUGUUUCCUGGAGAAAGUGCUGUUGAUCAGCUUGUCCAGAUAAUCAAGGUUCUUGGAACCCCAACCCGAGAAGAAAUUCGGUGCAUGAAUCCUAACUACACAGAAUUUAGAUUUCCCCAGAUAAAAGCUCACCCAUGGCACAAGAUUUUCCAUAAGCGAAUGCCUCCUGAAGCUAUAGAUCUCAUUUCACGCCUACUUCAAUACUCCCCAGAUUUUCGGAGCUCUGCACUGGAAGCAUGUGCACAUCCAUUCUUUGAUGAGCUACGAGAAUCUAAUGUACGAUUGCCAAAUGGGCGUCCUCUUCCUCCUCUUUUUAACUUCAAGCAAGAAUUAGUUGGAGCAUCACCAGAACUCAUAAACAGACUGAUUCCAGAACACAUGAAGCGACAAUCUAGCAUUAGCUUCUUGCAUCCAGCCGGCACAUAAGUCUGAAGAUCACCAAAUUCUUAUCCCCAGAAUACAAAGCUUCAAUAGAUAAUGGCCAAGAGGGAGCUUAGGAAACAACUCACACGAUCAACAUAAGCUAACAAAACUGUGGCUUUCGGACUGUUUGGAGGACUCUUAUCCGAGCUUUUUUCAGGCUUGACGAACCGUGAUUUACUUGGCAUCAUCAUGCUAAUCAAACUGAUGAUUCCAAGCAGUGGAAUAUAUGACUAGAGGUACGGGUGGAGGUACGUUUCCAAUGUUGUUUCCCUGUAGCUGAAUGCUGCAUAGCAGCGUUCCAUGCAGUAUCUUUGUUCUCUCUUGUUUCUGUCAUAGCAAAUGUGCUACUCCAUCCAGAGUUGUUUAGGGGGCUUCGAACUGGAACUUGCAAAUCUACGAGCGUGUAUGUAAUGCAUAGUUUGUACUUCUGUAAUUGUUUUUCCUUCUUUAGUGGCAUGUGCUUGUCAUGCUCUCUAGAUCA